AUGGAGAGGAACGAAUCCAUCGUUUUUGUCUUGUUAAUGUUGGUCCUCUUCCAAGACAGGACCACUGCCAGUUGGAUGUUAGUGCGUUUUUAUCUCAUGCAUUUCCAUUCAUUAAAAUCAAAAACAGAAGCUUUUCCAAUUUGAUGGACAAAUACAUGAGCGGUGGCGGUGUAGUUGAUGAAAAGUUUCUUGCCUUAUUUUGAAGGUGGAUGGGAAUUUCGGCGCUGGGCACCCGAAGCAGUGGAAAUCUGACGACUUGUUAUGGAGUUCCUGGCUUGUCCUCUCAGCAGAUGACUGUCUGUCAGUCCAAACCGGACCUAAUUCCAACCCUCAGACGUGGAGCAAAGCUUGGAAUUGGUGAGUGUCAAAACCAGUUUGCCAAAGAACGAUGGAAUUGCUCCACCACAAAUUCCUCGUCAGUAUUCGGUGGAAUUAUUAACAUAGGUGAGUACAAAUAUCUUCAGUGUAACUUUUCUCACUGUGCGUCAGUGACGUUGCUACAAGUUUCCCUCUUUUCCGUGACAGGAAGUCGUGAGGCUGCGUUCAUUUACGCGAUAACUUCUGCUGGUGUGGUACACGCGGCCAGCAGGUCAUGCAGUCUUGGCAACCUCAGUGAAUGUGCUUGUGAAACUCGCAGGAAAAGAAAGCAGCCCUCCAGAGGAUGGGAGUGGGGAGGCUGCAAUGAUGACGUGAAGUUUGGUGUCUGGUUGUCAGAGACGUUUGUAGAUGCACCUGAACGGAACGAGCGAGGUGUCACGAGCUCUGAUAAGAAGGCACGUUUACGGAAGAAGGCAAGACAUGCAAUGAACCUUCAUAACAAUCAUGUUGGUAGACUGGUGAGUCUCUAGCACACUUCUUACCAAGGUUUAAAUAUGUUAAUGCUGUUAUUAGCCUUCUGAUGAAGUUGACAAUCUUCGAUCGACACUUUAGAUUAAAGGCUAUAGGCACCAUCGAAUAGUUUGAAGAAAAUAAAAUAAAGUGUUAUCUUGUAAAGAAUGUUAAUCCGAAAGUUUGCGAGAAAAUCUGGAAACAUAAGAUGGUUGGGUUUAAAUGUCACCUAAGCGAUUAAGAAUGUUGUGUUCGAGCAGGUUUUAGGUUUAGGAAUUUUUUUGGAGUACUUUUCAACUCACAUAAGUUCGAAACGGAACUGGCCAAGACUGCAAAUGUUCAUCGAAAUGGCCAGUUUUCACGAAAUUUCAUGCAUAUAACGAUAGGAAAAAAAAUCAAAGGUAGAAUAUCUAUUUCUUCAAGUAUUAGAAUCACGAAUGUACUAACAGCUCCAAUAGUCUUCAUGACCAGUAUUCAAUUGCUCGUAAUUGCUUAAAAUGGCUUCCUUUCAUAACACAUUGUCUUUUUUCAAAGACGAAUUAGAAUUGCAUAAUAAAAAAUUACUAUUCGAUUGUUUGAAAGAAGGAACCUGGGCGGCUUGCAUGAAAAUCUCGUGGGAAAAGUGAGAUCACUUUGUUCGAGAUCGAUGUAACGUUAACAUAUGAUGGUGUUCAGUUCCAAAUAAAAACAGUCUGAUGUAAAAUUUGAUACGAAAAGGACACAAGGUUCAAUCCUCAUCGAUCAACAGAGCAAAACAGUUUACUUGUAAAUAGCAUUUAUUUUGGGAGAGAUAUUGCUGGUAAUUUUAUCGGUCAUCUUCUUAAUUUCAUGAGCAUGUGGAAGAUUAUUUGAUUGUCAUUUUUAUUGAGUCAUUUAUUGACUAAGUGAGUCCAAUGGGCCAUUAAUUUUGCGUACGCACAAGAUAAACAGUUUAACAGACGUUCGAUGGCAGCCCACUAAACGGAACUCGGGAUUUUUUUUCAUUUCAGAACUCGAAAAUUCGUAUUAGGCGCUGUAUUUUCGGCUUAAUAUAUGAUUUGGACUUACCACGAUUUACUUAUACUUGUUUUUUCAUGAUAUUUUCAAGCUAGACACGAUCAGCCAAUAACCUAUCAAGUUUCCACAUAAUUUGUUGGCGUGGUAAAAUUCUUUAGAAAGUUUUGUUGCAACAGGGUUUGGAUUUUAUGGGUAAGAAUAGAAUUAUUUGCGGCUUUUCAAAUUAAAGUUGGUUUGUCAGUAGGCGAUCUUCAAUUCCAGACAUUUCACAAGUUUUUUGCUGGUUUCCCCCCCAAUUUUCCCCACACGCAAAAUUAGCUGUUAAACACAUUAGACGAUCCGAGUGGAAAAAGUCAUGUAAACGAUUUUGCAAGUGGUUUUAAAGUUCAAUUUCGUACGCGGAUAUUACAACAGUGGUACCUUACAUCUUGUUUCUCUUUCACCAUUGGCCUACAGAAAGCGACUCUAAUGUCUUCCUCGGCUUACAUCGCUGGAAUUUGGAAUUUCUCUUUUAGUUGAUAAUGUUAGCGUGAUUGAGUGGCUUCUUUUAAAUCUCUCCAAAUCUGGAGAGGUACCUCCCUCGACAAGCUAUUUAUCAUGUGUUGCCUUCAGUUUCCUCUUAACAGCAGAACAACGCACUUCAACGCAAUGGAUUUUGCAUGUGUUCAUUAAUUAUCGCUUACUCGUUCUUAUUUUAUAGCUUAGAACACUAGAGCAACUUCAACUUAACGCUCAAAGCCAUUAAGUUUGUAUUUAUUGGCGGGCCAUUGAUAAAAGCUCAGCAAGACUCAAGACCAUUUGGUAAAAUGAAUUUCGUUUCAUUAUUGUUCUUAUUAGGUUGACCUCCAGCCAAAGAAAACAAAGGGAUCAAACCCCACUCUGAACUUAAUGUGAUUAUAACGUAUUUUCCCUCUGUCCAUACUUUAACGGGAGACAAAAUAAUUGGAGGUCCUUUAAUACUAGAAAUAUCAAACUCAUAUGUUGAGAUGACGACAAAUCAUGUAGCAGUUUUCCUUUGGCACAGCAGAUAUCUUUUUAAAGCACGUUUUCGGUUUCCUGAUGCUCAAAGUUCUUCCGUAGUCUAGAUUCAUUAAAAUUAAACGAUUAUGGAUGAGCUAUCAUGUCUUAGAGCAAAUGGAACUUCGGUUCAUGUCAAUUAGGAACAAAAUGUUAUAUUUUGAUUAUGUCGGAAAUGUCGGGUAACAAGGGUAGAAGAAAUUGGGUGUUUUCUCAGCUUAUUCAUUUUUAGAUUGGCAUAGGUCCGUUAAAAGCACUUUAUCCACCGGUGUUUUUUGUUCUUUGCGAAAUUCACCUUAUCUCAGUUGUAGUUGCGGUUUCCGUCACCGAUAAACACAUGAAGUUGGGAUUAAUGUGUAGUAUUUAUUUAUGUUUGAAUUUGAUUGUUGUUUACAUUAUUGAAAAAGCGUGUGUAUCAAGUGCUGCUCUUCACUCGGCCAUUAGGCCGUUUGUCGCCCCACAAAAUCGUCAGCAGCUGUCAUUUUGUCAAAAUAUUUUUUGGAUCUCUGACAAUGCCGUAAAUAAUGCGUUGCUUGCCAUUCUGACGUUAGUUGUAGCUACUCACGUAGCAAGAUGAUGCGGCCGGCGCCUUGUGCUGUCAAAUUACUCUGUAGUGUGUACAUAGACAAGAUUUUUACUUAACUUAUGAUAAUGAGGCGGCAACAAGAAUGCCUUGCCGAUGUCGGAUAUUGAACAGUGUUUGGUUUGUGGCCGCAUUCGGAACAUAUCACGUACAACUUAUACAACUAGACGCACUCAGUCGGUGUACGAUUGAGGUGACGAUUCCUUGCACGGUUUGAAGACUUCAGAGUUAUCGUGGUUUGCCCUAAAAAUUUGUUUUGAUUCAACACAACCGUUUUCUUGUUUGUUACCGCUUUUUCAAUUCCGUUCGGGCUAUAGGUUGUAAGUAGUGAUUUGGUCGAAGGAAUAUUCUUGUGUUCAUAGUCAGACUGGAAGCAAAUAUCAGGACACGAAACCUCCUUUUCUUAAUUUUUAGACUCAUGUCCAACUGUCCAACUGCUUUUCUACGUUUUGGCAUUAAGGCAAAGCUAAGUGAGACAAUACGCAUAAAAUAUAAAUUUUUAGUGUAAAGUCGUUUGGACUAUUGGUUACCGGAAAUAAUUGAAACUAAAAAUGUUAAACUAACCAACCUUUUUUUCUCCUUUUUGAGUUGUGUUUACAGAAAAGCCGUCUUUUGCGGUAAUUUCUCGUUGCAUACGAGCUGGACAAACCUCCAGAAAUUUCUAACGUAAAACGCAUGUAGCUUUGCUAUUGUUGGUUGAAAGCUCUAAAGCACAAUAUUACGUUUCCUAUUGAAUAUUAGUUAGAACCACUUAAUUUCCUUACAGUUGCGUGAUCUAUAAGUUCCUACCCAUAGCUAAUUUUUAAUGACAAAAUCAUUGUGAUGUUGUAGAGGUAGAGAGAGAGAGAGAGAGAGAGAGAGAGAGAGAGAGAGAGAGAGAAAGAAAGACAGCUUAAGUAUUAGGGUGACACUUAUUUACUCCUUUACUGUUUUUGUCAAGUACAAACUAUCGUUGGGUUUAACGGAAACGUGAGGGCAGGGAGUGGGGAAAUGGGUAGAGAUUGGGGUGCAAAUGGAACUUUUAACAUUCGUGAUGGAACGAACUGUUCAUAGGUGUGUCGUUAUGUUCUGACGACAGCGACUCAGAAAACACGGAUGUGGGAGAUGUAAACACCUCUGUUGUGUGGGAUCGUAACUAAUUUAUUAAUCUGGUCGGCUUGCUAUUUGUUUUCUCAGCCGUUUUCCUUUGGAAUUAAUCUCCUCAUUAAAGACAAAUCAUCUCUUUUUGGCCGCUCCUAGAGUGAUUUGGAAUUUGACGGGAAUUUUUUAAAGGAUCGGUUUGAAGAGCUUGUCACUCAAAGUCAAGAGAGUGACGCCGUGGGAAAUUCCAAUCGAAAAAUCUGAGUCUCUAUUUAUAUAAUAAAUUUAGCUUCCAAUAAACGCUUGGGGCCGAUUUUUCGAAAGGUGGUGAGCGCUAGUCCAAGGUCAGAAUUUAACCUCGGUCCAUAUUUUUCCUCUAUGCAGCAAUGAUUGUUGCUGACUCCUGUGAUAUUUCAUACUUUAAGAUGAAAUUAAAAGAAAACUAAAGGUGGAUGAUAAUUUUGCUUUUAGAGGCUCACGACAAUCUGGGAAGAAAAUUCAAUUUAUAAAGCAUAAUCAUAAGGAAAGAUGUGUUUUCGUCUUGUCACGAGCGUAGGACAAAGAAAAAAAUUCUGAGUCCCCAUGAGGAAUCGAACCUCAGAUCUUCGGAUUCCACGCUCUGAUGCUCUACCACUGAGCCACAGAGACUCCACGCUAAGCGAGAUCUAUUACGAAGUUCAUGUGAAACGUGUCCUGCACACUGCUAGGAUCGGCAAUGUCGAAAGCGUCAAGCGCGUGCUUUCCCAAUCACUCUAGACCUUACAGAAAACACAAAUAGGAUUGUUCAAAACAUAAUUGAGUUUUGUAGUUAGAAAUUAGAGAGAUGGUAAGUUUUGAGCUCGGUAAAGAAGUAAAGAAAGAUGUUUUUCGUCUUAUCACGAGCAUGGAGCAAAGAAAAAAAUUCUGAGUCCCCACAAGGGGAAGGUCUGAAGUUCGAUUCCUCAUGGGGACUCAGAAUUUUUUCGACCUCCUUAGCGUCACAAUGCUUACUUGUCCCAUUUUCUACAGAAACAAAACUUCAGCUUUAAGUUUCCGAAUAACUUUGUCAAUGUUUGCAAUCAAAACAUAUCUGAUCGCUGCCCUGACAUCGGCUCGGUUGUUGCUUAGGUUCGUGAAAUGAAAAACUGCAGAAAAUGCUGAACGCAGCUUACUAUCUCGGGAGUUAUGUUCAAUACAUUUCCGAACGUGUUUACAAAAGUUACCUAAUGUAUAUCAUCUUGCCCAACUCUAGUCUGUCUACAGCCGUUUAUUUUAUUUUCAGUUCAGAGGGGGCGCGCAAAGCGAGCAUAACUAAGAGCGUGGAUCUUGAGGGCGACCGCGUAGUAGGUUAAACACCCACACUUUUGUGUCUGCCUUCGUUAAAUCCCUAGCGGUUCUAAUUUAUUUCGAGUCAUAGACAAUAAGCUGAGGGAAAACAGAACGUCCUGUGAACAGAAUAUCCUGAAAGUGACUAACUUUAAAGAAACUUUAGAGUUUACCUACAUUUCCGCAAAAUUCAAUGAUUUUUGUAACAUGUGAAAUAACUCUUAGUGUCCUAUACCCCUGAAUUGAUUUUACACGGCAUUUGUUUUCAGCAACAAAAUUAAUAUCUGUCUACUUUGUCAGACCAGUCAUCGUUCAAGUGAAUCUAAUAACUGUUUACCAAACUUGUUAUUCUUAAAAUUUUGGUAUCUGUUACAUUUGUUAUCUUUUUUCUUCUAUCUUUGACCAUUCAACGGGUUUUAUUGCGCAGUAUACGAUGAUAAAACGUGAUACCGAGAUAUUGUUUUCUCAGCCGGUGAGAUGGGCCAUCGGAGAUUGUAAGUACGUCAUCCGAACUAAGUGAACUCGUCACUUCAAGUAAAUUGCUCGAGUUUGGAGAAGAAUGAAUGAAUUCAGCACACGUAUUCUUUAACACCUUCGAUAUUAAAAAAACCCCAAUCGAAAGCGGUCUGUCGCUUAAAGAACCAAUCAGAAUGGUUCUUUUAUCGCGGCAUACUAGUUAACCGUACUGUAUCAUCAGAGUGCUUACAGUCAAGGGCUGUUUGGUCCAGUGAAAGGCAGGAUUUUAAUGAUUGAUACUGUGAUUAACCCUGUACUCGUUUCAUUGUGUUAGGUUUUUAAAUUUCAUUUGUCUGGCCGGUAUUAAGAAUUAUAUCAAAAAGUACGUUUUGUUCAAGAUAGGCCUUCUUCCCGAUUCUCCUAAAAUAUUAUUUUUGUUUUCUAGUAGCAUUCCUUGAUGUUACACCAGACAAUGCAACUCCUUUUACAUGCCUCAUUGCAGAGCAAAUAUUGGACAGUUUACGUUUUGUUUCCAAGGACCUAGAUUUUUAAAUUCUCUGAAUAUAGGAAUCCAGAAUGUUGGCACACUUACCCUGUUUAAGUCUAAAUUGCUAACAUUCCUCCUAAGCUGACUCCCUUCUUGUUUUUUUUUCCUAUUCAAUCGAGCUGUUCUAUUAGAUGUUUAUUUGAGUGCCUGCUAUUGUUGUUGUUUUAUGUGAUGUUCUUUGUGUUCUUUCCCUUUUAACCUACAAUAUUUUUACCUAAAUUACGCCCUAAUACCCCACGUUUGUAAAAUUUUAGGAGCCUGUAGCACAUAAGCCUCUUGGUUUCUCAAAGGUUUCCUCGUCACAUGUUAAAUUUUCAGUUAUAUUGUAUUAUAUUAAUGUAUAUGUAAUUUCUUUUAUUUCUAUUGAUUUAUUAUAAUUAGAAAAUGGCAAAAUAAACAAAUAGAGGAUAAAUCUCCACUGCUCAUGUAAACAUUUUUAAUAUUGUUAUUUGCAGGCUGUUCAAACCCUUGUAAGUGAUCGCUGUCGUUGCCAUGGAGUCUCUGGCUCUUGCACCAUGCAAACAUGCUGGAAAACUGUGCCGAACUUCGAAAAAGUCGGAGAAUUUUUAAAAGCUAGGUACGCGAAUGCGGUUGAAGUAGUUUACAACAGACGAAAGCGACGCAUAAGGCGAAAGGAGCAGAAACGACUGAAGAUUACCAGAGAUACGUUGGUGUACAUCGACCGGUCACCAAACUAUUGUAAUCCUAAUCCGACUCUGGGCAUCUUAGGCACGUCUGGCCGGGUGUGUAACAAGACGUCUUCAGGAGGAGACCGAUGUGAUAUGCUGUGCUGCGGAGGAGGGUACAACACUCAGGAGGUACGAGAAGUCAAACGGUGCAACUGCAAGUUUGUAUGGUGUUGUGUUGUGACCUGUGAAAAGUGCCCUCUGAUUUAUGACCGGCACACCUGCAAGUAACCGUCAAGAUUCCCCUCUUUUAGCAGCAAUUUUCUUCCCCGUGGAGAUCAACUUUAUAGUUUAAUAAGUUAUUUAUUAAUUAAAAACAAUCAGGAAGUGAUCUGAAUUAACAUGGUGGCUAAAAGCCCGCGUUCGUCUUUACUCUUGGAACUUUCCUACUUCCACUUAAGCACAAAAGAAAGGAAAUGUCAAUGAAUAACAACAAAGUUAUGCUUUGAGUUGAAACUCUACUCAGCAACUACGUAUCUCGUAAACUAGCUGUGCAUCAGCAAUUUAUCAGUAAUUUAUUAGACUCUGUAAACUGCAAAUAAUGUCUAGUUUAAUGCAGUAAGAAAGAAGUGAACUAAUGAGGUGGAAUACAAAUGAUACUACGGUUUUCAUUUUUUUAAAUAGUCUGGCUGACCGACUGACUAACCGACCGACCAAACGACCGUCUGACAAACAGACAGGCAGAGAAAGACAGACUUAUACAGGCAGCAGAAGAAAGACACUGAGUCGGCAGACUGUCAGAAAAGCAAACAACAAACCCACAUACGUAACCAGCAAAUUAACAGACGCAGUACUUCAAACGAAAAUUUUCAAGGCAAAGGCGUGGAGUACAGCGUCUUAUUGUAACCGAUAUUUUCAAUUUUCUUGUUGUUAUAAAUGUCAGUCAGGUACUGUGUAACAUUUUGCAUGUAGUGUACGUUAUUUAUAUCCAGUAGCACGUAAAUGACUUGAUUUGAUCAUUUUAAGGGAUACAUGGCCAGUUGAAUGCCGGUCACUUUACUAUAAUGGGCAGAGCAGGGGACACAUUCUCCUCUUUUUAUUCGUCCUCUCUAUUUUAUUCCGCUUGCAAUCGACAAAAUGACAUAGUGGUAUAACUGAUACACGGUUAAGCCACCUACAUUCUAAUUGGUGACCAUAUUUUUUCAUUCAAAACAUUUUCAAGUUUGAGAUAUCACUAUCAAUUCGCUUCUUGCCCAUUUCCGGUCCAUGCAAGAAGACAAUAAUCGAUAAUAUAUGGUGUAAAGUUAUGUCGAGUUUUUAUUACAUAGGAAACCUUGAAGUUCUUGCUUAGUUCAUUUGUACAAAUUGGCUGCUUUAAAAUUAAUUUUUAACAAAAUA